UGCAACUUACCCUCCAAGGUGGGGGCCACGUGACCCCCCGUUCAUGGUUGGUGAUGCUGGAAGAUAUGGCGGCUAAUCGAUAUCAAUGGCGUUCCUGCUGUCAGUUCCUAUCCAGGGUGUCCAAUGAAUACGUGGCUGAGGAAUCUACAGACAGCUUUUGGAAGUUUGUCGAUAUUUUGGAACCAGUUGUUAGCUCACAUCACUGGCAGACAGCAAUUACAAAUGCGGGGACUUCUGAAUUCCUCGUUGAUGUGGACACGUAUGUUCAGCUGGAAAACCUUGUCCUUGAUGCCCUCGGCAGUGGUGGGAAGACAAGUGAUCAAGUCAGGACCAAACAGAGGCAACUCUUCCGUUUAUUUUUGUCUUCGCGCACUUAUUCUCCAUCUGUGGAAAUGAUGCAACAGUUAGCUAUCACUAGUGCAAGCCAGAUUUUCAACUGCUCACAGCAGAGUGCCGUCGACCGCUUGGUCAGUUGCAUGUCAGGGUCUUCCUGGGCCCAAGUUGGUGCCGAAGUUGUCUGUGAUAUUGCAGAACUGUCACGAGCUCUAGAGAAGGCAAAUGAAGGACCGGUUGAAUCAGGCACUAUCUCAGUUACCUUAUCACGCGAGAAGACGUUUCGGUCGAAUGGGGCUAAACCUACCAGAACUCCACCUACAGUCGUCCUCUAUGGAGAUCUCGGGAAGCCAGACUUUUAUACCUGGCACAAGCACUUGAAAUCUCUGACCGAGAAAGGUCUCUGUUCUUAUGUGUUCAGACACUUCAAGAAGUUUCCUAGUAAAAACAAAGCUGUGCUGAGUGGAUACGGUGUCGAACUGGCAUUGAAAAGUACGGAAUAUAAAGCCAUGGAUGAUACAAAGGUUGAAGAAAAGAGUUCAAACAAAGAAGCGCUUGAAGCACCAGAAGACGCGAUUGUUCAAGGUUUUAACUUCACCCAACUCAGAUUGAAUCACCCUGACUUGGACUCCCAGCUGAGGGAAUACCACAAGUACUUGCUGAGCACAGACGAAGAGCUUCGGCCAUUGAAGGUGUGGCAGUUUCGUGAGCUGAACCUACAGGCUAGUCAAGCCAUUGUGGAUGCCUCUCGUCAGGCUGGAUCUGACACUGGAUCAGUCCUUCAUCCAGGAUUGGCAGCCCUUCGUGAUAUUACCCAAAACCUCCCAUCACGUGCCGGCCGACUGGUAUCGAUGACCGUGGACUCAGGUCUACGUUCAGAGGUUGCCAACAAUCAACUCUUGCUCAGUGCUGCUGAAAUCCAACCCGGUCAGACAACGUGGUUUAUCAAUGGCCUACUCCUAUCACCAACAGUAGAUGUUUUCGCCCUUUUGGAUUUAUUGCGUCAUGAAUUAAAGGCCAUGUCUCGUCUCUACAACCUUGGAGUACCGGCGGGUCGAAUUUCUGAAUUACUUACCAUGACGGGAAGCUUCAGUCAAUCGAUCUCUGAUACGAACAGCGCAGCUGUCCCGGGUCUACGAUACAGUUUGUCCGGACGUUUUGUCCUCGAUCUAUCCAACAGCCCUGUAAUGUACUUGAACAACUUGGAAUCGGAUUCAGCCUAUGCCACCUGGCCGGAUUCACUACAAAUGCUUUUCAUUCCAGAUUUCUCCGGUGGAAUUCGGAGAAUUCGAAGAAAUCUAUAUAACAUCAUUCUCGUGCUUGAUCCAGGAUCAACCGAAUGUCAAGAGAUAAUUCGCUUGGCUGAAUCUUUCCUGCUACACAGGAUUGCCAUUCGGUUUGGGCUCCUCUGGUCGGUUGACUCUUCUGUCAAGUCUGUCAGUUUGAUUUUGGUGCGAAUGUUUACCUACAUAUCGUCUACCGUGUCACACUUUGGUGAAUCCCCAUUACCUGUAGGCGUUUCUGGUCUAGGAUCACCUGGACCGAUGACCGCAUUAUCUUUCCUCACGGAGCUCUAUUCUGAAGCCGAACGUACUAAAAAGGAACUGACCAUCAAAUUCAUACAACAGCGGUUUGAAAAGCUCUUUCCCAACGCUGACGUCGAAGAGAUCAUCUCUCCGGAGGCAGGUGCAAGCGAAUACGACUCUCAGCUGCAUCUUCACCAUGAGUUUUUGAGUCGUUCUGGGUUGAGUACUAUAGAAAAUGCUCCACCCUUGUUGCUUUUCAAUGGCAUCAUUUUGGACCGUGUGGGUCUGCGUAAGAUGGGUGGUUUUGAGGAUGCUGUGGUGACAUUAUGCAUGGAGGAGAUGGUGAAUGUACAACAUGCCGUCUACCAUGGUCAAAUGUCCACUACAGACACAGUAUUCAGCCUUUAUCAGAAGAGAAAUUCAGUAGUCCCCAGGUUCAACCCGCGAAUACUUGCUACAUCGGCUACAGCGACGGCACGUUACUUGGAGUUUGGGAUCGAAUCUCCCAGACGAUCAACAUCGGACGGCCCACCAACUUCGUCGGAGCUCCUCACUUUUUUUGUGGAUCAUAUGCGGUACCUGCAGAAAGGCGACCUUGAGUCAGCUGUCAGACCAGUGACUGUAUGGAUUGUCGUCGGUGAUUUGGAUGCUAUAUUUGACAACCCACAAGACUCCGCGCGCCGAAGCCAGCUUGAACACGACUUAGGUUUAGUCCGUACAGCGGUUACUCAUCUUCGCUCGACACACGCUUCAAAAGACCUUCGUGUGGGUCUGGUCUAUAACCCUCCCAUCGAUUCAUGGGAAUCUCCAUCGUCAUCGAGUCGUUGGCUCACACGUGUUCUCCAUUUAAUCGGUCAUCCAGUCCGAGUUCCACCCGGGACUGAUUCACCACGGCUCUUGGAGCCCCGAACGAAGCUCAUGGAACAGAUGGCAGCACGUAAUUUUGCUAACAAAUUAAUUAAAGAAGCUUUGGAGGCGUUGAAUUCAAGUUCAGUUCUAAGGCCACUCUCGGAACUUGUUGUUUCGGGUGUGAAUAUACAGACACUGGAGACUGCACUACAAGCAUUGGAUCGUGCCGAUUUCCUCCACGGCCACUCUGUCUUUUGUCAACAAAUUUUGGGUUUCAAACCUGGAGAGCGUGGUGUUGUGAUUAAUGGUCGAAUUAUCGGUCCUCUAAAUCCCACGGAGGAAUUCACUGUGGACGACUUCCGUUUGAUUGAACGAAUGACACUAGAUACGGGAGUGAAGGAUUUGGGAAACACGCUUUUGGACUUUGCCGGAGAAGAACUUGGUGGCCCAGAAGCCAUAUCUGAAUUGACCUGGAAGGUUUCUGCCAUGCUUCCGAUUUAUAAAGAAACUUCCAGCACAGGGAUCACAGACAUCGAUACCGUGGAAGGUAUUUUGAGCAAGAAUCGGGUACGACUGAAAGAACUGUCCAUCAAUCACAGUGGAUUUUUCAUCCCAUCAGACACCGGUGAACUAGCGUUUGACGUUCUGGCCAUAUUGAAUCCCGGCUCUCGUGAUGCUCAGCGUCUUUCACACAUCCUUGCUGUAGUGCAACAGGCUCUUCCUUGCAAUAUGAGGGUGGUAUUCAACCCUGUUGAGCCGAUUUCGGAGCUCCCUGUGAAAAAUUUCUACCGUUUCGUUUGGGAGCCCUCAAUUUUUCCGUUCGAGUCAUCUAUCAGCACAAGCGUUUUGAAUAAGGACCCUAUUGUUCCUCGCGCCUUGUUCGCACAUCUACCUGGUCAGCCUGUGCUCACUCUCGGCAUGGAUACCCCUCAUGGCUGGAUGGUAGCUGCGGUGGAGGCAGUCCACGAUUUGGACAACUUGCGCCUGGCGGAUGUCCACAGUGUGGUGGAGGCGGUGUUCGAACUGGAAUAUUUGCUCCUCGAAGGACACUGUUUCGAACAGAACAGCAUGAAACCUCCUCGAGGGUUGCAGCUAACUCUCGGCUCCGCAUCUGAUUUGGAGCGUCAUGAUACAAUUGUGAUGGCCAAUCUAGGCUAUUUCCAACUUAAAGCUGGCCCGGGAUUAUGGCACCUGAACAUUCGUGCUGGUCGGUCGAGAGAGUUUUACACCAUGGUGGACGAUUUACUUUUUCCUUGUACCCGUAGUGACGAAGACGUGGGAACGUCUUUGGGUUCUUUCGGACUAUUAACUACCAUUGAUAGCUUUCGAUCGAAAAUCAUUUCGGUACGUGUCACAAAAAGACCUGAGCGUAUGGCUGAAAACCUGCUCGAUGAGUCGGAGAAAGCCACCCCAAAGAAACCAGAAGAGUCCUGGAGUUGGUUAUACAAAAACUCACAAGUUUGGUCUACCCUGUCCGAUUAUGCUGAAGCCUUUUGUCCAUCUUGGUUGACCAGCCUUCGCAAGUCUUUGCAGACUCAUGUACCAUGGCAGAAAUGUUCACACAAGGUCGAAACGAUCAACGUGUUCUCUCUGGCUUCUGGGCACCUUUACGAAAGACUGCUUCGAAUUAUGAUGCUGACCGUAAUCAGGCAUACCAAGUCUCCGGUGAAAUUCUGGUUCUUGAAAAACUACCUGUCACCCACCUUCAAAGACUUCAUUCCACACAUGGCCGCUGAAUAUGGCUUCGAAUAUGAACUGGUCCAGUACCAGUGGCCCAGAUGGUUGCAUGCACAAACGGAGAAGCAGCGCAUCAUAUGGGGAUACAAAAUCCUAUUUCUCGAUGUUCUGUUUCCAUUGAGUGUCACGAAGAUUAUCUUUGUCGAUGCCGAUCAGAUUGUGCGUGCAGAUUUGCAGGAACUGGUCAAUUUGGAUCUUCAAGGAGCCCCGUACGGGUACACACCGUUUUGUGACUCUCGAAAAGAAAUGGACGGGUUCCGCUUCUGGAAGCAUGGUUAUUGGGCCAAUCAUCUGGCUGGUCGGCCGUAUCAUAUCUCUGCACUCUAUGUGGUUGAUUUGACGCGAUUCCGACAGUUAGCAGCUGGAGACAGGCUCCGUGGUCAAUACCAUGGUCUCAGUCAGGAUCCGAAUAGCCUGUCCAAUUUGGAUCAGGAUUUGCCGAACAAUAUGAUACAUCAGGUACCCAUUAAGUCACUCCCACAAGAAUGGCUCUGGUGUGAAACAUGGUGCUCAGACGAGAGCAAAGCACGAGCCAAAACAAUCGACUUGUGCAACAAUCCGCAGACCAAGGAACCUAAACUUUCUGCCGCGAUGCGAAUCGCUCCUGAAUGGGUUGGCUACGAUCGUGAGAUUAAAAACCUAUGGAAACGCGUCUAUUCUACAUCGGGGAGUUCCACAGAAUCGGCAACCUCCGACAAGGAAGCAGUUGUUUCUUCGCCUUCUAUUCCCACCGAACCGCCCGAGGUUCAUUCUGACUAUCGAUCGGAGAAGACCGAACUGUAGUGGCGGGAACGUCAAAAGAAAAUGUUUGUGGUGUUUUUCCGGACAUGAUGUACUUCCCUUUACGUCCAUCUUCUUCCAUUCGCCGAAGUUCUAUGUAUUCACAGCUGCGUGUUCCAUGUCAGCGGUUUCUUUUUUGAUGCCGGUUUUCUGUGCCCAAUUUUUGGCUGUGGGUUUUCUAUUCUCCUCCGGUGCGGGAAACUGUUUCGUAUAUUGUGCGUGUUGGUUUGCAAAUCCUCCAUCGCUUGGUGGGCUUUGGUUGCGUCCUUCUCGUCUUUUUAAAAGAUUAUGUCGUCAGCUUAUUUUGAAGUGAAAAUCCUGUUCUGUGUACUCUUAAUUCGUUCGUUCGAGCUUAUCUGGCGGCAUUUUCCAUUGACCUUAUCGACCAGCUGACUGCGCUCAAGGAUACAUGCUCGAAAGGUUUUUGUAUGCUCACAUUUGUGCAAUCGGUUUUACUCUCAGGCGACUUUCGGUGGGCCGUUUCAUCCUCUAUCUAAUGGACAGC